GCCACUGGCCCGGUGACCAAGCCAUCUACGUUGCAUCAUUCUGCCACAUGCUUCAUUCAUGACUCUGCUGGCUAGGGAAAUGCCAGGGCAAUAUUUCUAUAGACCUAGACUCGUGUCUGCACAAGGCAGAACAAGAGCCUGUUCGCUUUGUCAGAGGCUAACCGAGAAUUGCAGUUUUCUUCACUACUUAGUCAUGUUUAUCCCUUGUGGACCAUAGCACUUGGUUGUAUUCUUCCUGAAUUUUUUCAAGCCUUUUAUUUUUUUUUAAGGACCUUCCUGCACAGUCAGCAAUUGCUCUACAAAUACAAACUCUGUUUUGAUCCAAUGUGGCUCGUAUCCUCUGCUAUGAAGUCUUUUGGACGCUAAAGCUCUUAGUGAACUGAAAGCUACUCUAAACACCUCUUGGGAAUCAAAAAUUUUUCCCAAAUGGAGAUUAAAAGAAAAUAUAUGGCAAUAGAAUUUGGAAAGGUUGAGAUGGAAGAACAACGCACUUUAAUCGCUCUAGUGGAGCUAGGAGACUGCAGAAUCUGUCAUUCUUCCCAUCAAGGUCCUGGAGAAAUAUCCUAAUACACCUAUGAGCCAUAAAGAGAUUCUUCAAGUUAUCCAGAAAGAAGGACUUAAAGAAAUCAGUGGGACUUCUCCUCUUGCAUGCCUGAAUGCUAUGUUACACACAAACUCCCGAGGGGAAGAGGGCAUUUUCUAUAAGGUCCCGGGGCGAAUGGGAGUGUACACUCUGAAGAAGGAUGUUCCAGAUGGCCUAAAAGAGCUCUCCGAUGGCUCGGAAGAAAGCAGCGAUGCGCAGUCAGACUCCCAGAGCUCGGAGAACAGCAGCAGCAGCAGCAGCAGCAGCGAUGCUUGCGGUAACAAAGACGGGAAGAAAAGCAGAUGGAAAAGGAAAGUGUCAUCGAGACUGUCGCAGGCAUCCUCCCCGCAGUCAGGCUGCCCGUCGCCCUCCAUCCAAACAGGCAAAGUCAUCUCCCCAUCCCAGAAGCACAGCAAGAAGGCGCUCAAACAGGCCCUGAAGCAGCAGCAGCAGAAGCAGCAGCAGCAGCAAUGCAGGGCAGGCAUGCCCGUGUCGGCUAACCAGCACGUCCUCCUGAAGGCUGUGAAGGCAGCCAGUGACUCCGCACCGGCAAAAUCAGCUUGGGAAGGAAAGCAAUCAGAUGGACAGUCAAGCAGCCCCCAGAACUCCACCUCCAGCUCCUCUCCCUCUGUUAAGCUCGGUAACUCCCUGCCAGGCUUGGGGAAGAAACCCUUCCAGAGAUCUGACAGGCUCCAUGCAAGGCAGCUGAAGAGGACAAAGUGUGCCGAAAUCGAUGUGGAAACCCCCGACUCCAUCCUCGUGAACACCAACCUGCGGGCGCUGAUCAACAAGCACACGUUCUCCGUGCUGCCCGCGGAGUGCCAGCAGCGCCUGCUGCUGCUGCUCCCCGAGGUGGACAGGCAGGUCGGGGCAGAUGGUUUGAUGAAGCUGAGCGGUUCAGCGCUCAACAACGAGUUCUUCACUUCAGCUGCCCAAGGCUGGAAGGAGAGGUUGUCAGAAGGUGAGUUUACACCAGAAAUGCAGCUAAGAAUACGUCAAGAGAUAGAAAAAGAAAAGAAGGUGGAGCUGUGGAAGGAACAUUUUUUUGAGAGUUACUAUGGUCAGAGUUCUGGACUAAGCCCUGAAGAGUCCAAGAGACUGACGGCAAGCACCAGUCCUGCUGAGCCAGACACUGGAAAUCCAGCAGCUGAACAGCCAAAAUGCGUGCCAGCCGUUCCGGCACCACUCGCAGAGGAGACUCCUUCUCCAUUAGAGCCUAAAGCACAAGCAGUCCAGGAAGCACCAGCAGUGAAAAAAGGGGGAGAGGAAAGAAGAGAGGACACGCAGCCCAAAACAGCCAAAUCUGCAGAGGCCUCGGUUUCCUCAGGUGGUGGUGCAGUGAAACCCAGUGACCAUCCUCUCUCCAGGCCUUUAAAAGGUGGUGGAGAAUCCAUUCAAGAAAAACCACAAACUGCCAUUAGUCAAAAGCCAGAAGAAGAGAAAAAGCAUGCUGCAUCAAAGGAAAUAUUAGUAAAAGAGACUAUGAGUACCUCAGCUUUGGCCCCAAGUAAACCAAAGAGUCCUGGAGCAGGUGAAGUGGUAGCAAGCAUGACCAGUCAAGCGACGACUCCAGAAACACCGGAGAAGAAGUCCCCUGUAAACGAAGAGAUGGAAGUCAGUGUUGAAGGCCAUAAGAGGAAGUCAGAGAACCGGGAAGAAGCUCUAAUCACUCCUGAAAAAAAGCCACGCGUCAUGGAGAACUGUCAGCACCAGCAGUCAUUUCGGACCCAGCCGCAGUCCUUUCCUGCAGCUGGGACCCAGGUGCCCCGUGUGCCCCCACUCAAGAUUCCUGUUUCCAGAAUCUCCCCGAUGCCAUUUCCUGGGGGCCAGGUCUCUCCCAGGGCACGUUUCCCAGCCUCCGUCACCAGUCCGGGAAGAACGGGCGCCAGGACCUUGGCAGACAUCAAGGCGAAAGCCCAGCAGGCCAAGGCUCAGAGGGCGGCGGCAGCCGCCGCCGCAGCAGCCGCCGCCGCCGCCGCCUCCGCGGGGGGAGCCGUGCCGGGGCCGGGGCCGGGAGGCGGCGGGGGCCCAGCCGGCGGCGGAGGAGAGAAGAGCGACGCAGCAGCAAGCGGGAUCGGCGGAACUGGAAUUGGAGGCAACGCACUGGAACUGGCCGGAACUGGAAGCGGGGGAAGUUCGCGAAGGUUUCUUCCCCAUGGUGCAGGGACCCGUUCCCAAAUGGAGACCCCGGCCGCGGAGCAGACACCACCUCACAGUCUUUCUGGAGCACAACUACAGCAAACUUCCCCGUUACAAUCCAGAACUCCCGCCAGCAAUACAGGCGCCAACUCCUCCUCAUCAGCGGCAUCAGCAUUAGACAAAAUUAACAGAAUGAAACAGAGCCCCCCAAGUAAGACUGCAAAUCAGGUUUCAGGCUCCCCAUAUGCUGUUAGCAAUGACAGACAAGAGAAAGCACCUUCUGCUCCGGCAGGUCCAGGCCAGGCCUGCGGGGCAUCUGCUGUCAGGGAUGGAACAGUCUGUGUCACUGUGUCCACAGCAGAUACCAACGCAAACGUAACUAAGGUAGCGCCUACGGCCUUAGGAGGGACCAGUUUAGAUGUUUCUAAAAGCAAAUCUCCUUCCCCUCUGACGUCUUCACUAGCAUCCGUAAGCUCAGAAGCCCAGGCUGGUGGUGCGAUAACAUCUACAUCUCUUCCAUCCUCUAACACUUUGUCGGUAGCAUCUAGCCUUAAAACUCACGUAACUUCAAGUGCAAGUGGGGCCCUUCCCAAAACAAGCUCCAGUAUUCCUGCUAACAACCCGUUGGUUACCCAGCUUCUCCAAGGGAAGGAUGUGCCCCUGGAACAAAUCCUGCCUAAGCCUCUCACCAAAGUAGAAAUGAAAACUGUCCCAUUAGCUUCUAAUGAAGAAAAAGGAGCGGCACUGUCCGGCACUGCAGGCAUAGCAGGGAAUGGCACUGGAGCUGAAGGUGGGGACAGACAGUCAAAUUUACCCAUGCAACAGCUUGGAAAGAUCUUCUGCCAGAACAGGCCUCUGCCUAACAUUCCCAGGACAUUUCAGCUCCUCUCAGGAAAGGACCCCAGUGUUGACCAGCACCAGUGCCAAGAGACGCUCAGUAAAACAACGCAAGAGCAGAUCCUUCAGACUCUUAUCAAGAGGGUCCAGAGGCAGAAUUUAUUCCCAGUCCUUCAGCCUUCACAACUGAACCUUACCCACUCAGGUUUCCAGUUAGAAAACAGCUCCACCAGCCAGAGGUUUAUGCUGGGUUUCAUGGGCAGAAGGACAUCCAAGCCUGCUAUGUCUGGUCAUUAUCUGCUCAACAUUUCCACGUACGGUCGUGGUUCGGAGAGUUUGAGGAGAGGCUUCUCCCUGAACCCUGAAAACCGCUUGUGUCUGAACAGUCCUGCUGAUGCUCCAAAAACAGAAUUUGGGGAAUGCGAGGAGAUACCCGGCAACGGCAGUAGCAGUGAUGAAGGAGAUGCAGAUGAUGAGAGUACUGGUGACGAACGUGAACAUACCAGUGUAAAAGAGGAACCCCUGACUACCCAGGUUUCUGAUCAGUGUGAAAAAGAACAGGUAUCACAUAGCGUAAAUACUUCAGAUUACAGCGUUCUUGCUAAAAAGAGCGUCAAGACAGAAGCAGUCGUGUCUCAGCAAGCAGCAGUCAACAAGGAGACUGUUCAGACAUUCGAUGGAACUAUGUUAGCAAGGGAUUUUAUUCAAGCAGCUCAAGAGCAAAUGGCACAUGCAAUGAGGGGAAAAAUGCAUAGCAAUCCUGAGCUUUUCGGUUCUUCUGUACCAUCAUCAGACUCUGUUCAGCACCAGUCUCCCCUGCAUUCUCAUUCGCAUCCUCCGAAGCUGUGUGGCAGUGCUGCAGCACAGCUCAUUGGUCCCAGUUACAGUGGCACAAUAAAUGUCUCCACCUCUCCAGAUGUGAACCAAGGGUCUCUUAUGACUGGGCUGUCUGAAUGCAAUCAGCUGUCUAGUAGCAUGGGGAAUGUCAUGUCCUUCUCGGUGACUGUAACCACCAUUCCCACCAGCCAAGCUAUGAACUCUGGCAGCCACAGUCAGACCAUCCCGGUUCAAGCCUUUGCUGAAGACAACAGCAUGGAGGAUUCCCCUUCCAAAUGUUACUGCAGGUUGAAAGCCAUGAUCAUGUGCAAGGGUUGUGGUGCCUUCUGCCAUGACGAUUGCAUUGGCCCCUCUAAGCUCUGUGUCUCCUGCCUUGUCGUGCGGUAACUGAGAUGUGAAAUGGGGAAGAAGAUGGCUUUUGUCUUUGCUUUUGAAAGUACUGUGGGAAGAAACAGGAAAUUUACUGCCUUGCACAAGAGACACGUUACUGAAUCAGGAAUACAGAGUAGAGUUCUUCUUUCAUUAAAGAAAGAGCACCUUGUACAGUGAGUCUAAAUUGAGCUCAACUACGUGAAUUGUGACAAGAGUUUGCACUUAAGGAAUUAUGUAAAUAUGUCACAUUAUUUUGUUUAAAAAUAUUUUUUCAGUCUUUUAGGAGAUAGUGUUUGACUUGUACUGCAGUUUCAUUAACCCCAGCCUGCUAUCCAGCAUGUUUGCUGAGCUCUGCUCUAGAUGGGGGAAUGAGCCCCCAGCAAAACUUUAGCCUGUUGGUUUUCUCUUGACAAAGAGAAGAACUGGAUAAUCAAGAACCUAAACAUUUGUACUGACUGAUCCCAGAGCACUGAAGCAGGAGCCCCAGAAUGGGCUCGCUUCUGUCGCUCUGAUUUUUAGUUCAAAUUUGUCUGAAGUGGAAGGCUUUAACAUUAUGCCAGCCUUUCAAGCAAUUGCCCAUCAGUUGUGACCUGACUCUUUCUGGAAGGCAUACUGGGUUGUGCAAUAUUGGCUGGUGUUUUUGAUUUGCAUAUCCUCUCCUCUUCAAGCAGUCAGUUGCAGUAACAUUGUUUUUAGGAAGGCAAUAUCUCGAUUUGCUCCUGGUAAAUACUGAAAAAGGCAACUGUACUAACCAUAGGAUUCAAGAAUUUAAAUCACUAAAACAACUCCGUAACUGUGAUUAUCAGUAAUUCCAGGAACCAUUUAAAGCAGAGAUCACUAAUAUGUGCUGAGCUGCAUUUCAUUUCUGGACCGUCAGGAUUCGGUAGAAACCUGCUUUAUUAGGCAUUUCAAGUGAGCUGGAAAGUGCCAUUCUCACAGCUACCACCCAUCAAUCGUUACAGCACGUUACAGAAGUGAAGUGCACUAAACGUCACCCUCUGUCAUACUGUUUUCCAGAAAGCUUGCUGUGGCUCAUCAAUCUCCACAAUAGUCAGACUUCUCUAAUUUCUAUAGCAGAUUUUUUAUUUAGCUAAGUAUAGGGCAAGGAGAACAAGCAUCAUGUUGGGCCUCAUCGUUAUCCCUCACUGGAUGUCUCUUCGUGUUUUAACAUACCAAAUCCUUUGACUUGACUCCUGGUUUUUACUCAGUGAGGUCCAGGAUUGCAUUAGGUCAGGACUGGGGACGACUGGCAGAGGUAUGUUGUGCUUAGGGACCGCAGUAACGGGACGUAGCUCGUCCCUUACCUAAUCAUGGGACAUAGCUGGUGAUAUUCAUUCCUCACUUUCAGGAGUGUCAGCGUUCACAAAUUCAUUCACUUUGAUCAAUCAAAAUUAAAACAGUUCUAAAAUGGUACUAUAUUCUCAAUAACAGGAAUUUAUGAUAAGCUGGCUAAAAAAACAUAGACCAAUCUGCAUUUUGAUGUAUUGCAACAUGUCCACAUCAUAUCAAGGAUUUAUAUGUUAUUUCUCUUCCGAAACAACAUCAGGUUCAGUGAUCACAUCCAGUUCCAUACUGUCACUGUCGGGGGGGUUGGGAGGGGCGGGAAUACUGGAUCUUGGUCAGGUAAAAAUCUAUGUAUCUUUUUGAUGGAAAAGCACUGAAUUCACUUUUAAUCCAAAGGCCUUUUUAAGAUGAAGCAAUAUUAACAAAGUCAGUAUGACAAGCUGUAUUACUAGCUGGGGUCCUAAGUCUUUUUAUUUGUUCCAUUUGACUAUACUACUGCUUUUCCCCUUUUCCCUCCCUCUCCUACGAGAAGAGAACCUGACACGCUAUCGUAAAAGAUCAGAAAUACUGCCUCUGAAACAUGGUGUGUUUUUCCAAGGAGUGGGUGGUGGUUUAUUUGUUAACGAUAAAAAGAGUUUGCAAACUUAAUCACUUGGUAAUGAAAAACUUUCCUUCCCUGUCGGCAGUGCAUGGUAUCCUCCAAACCAGGAUUAUUACAUGUGAAUUAACAAGACCUGCAGUAUAUCUUUGUCUUAGUUUUGCUCAUCUUAAAUUUACUGGGGAGCAAGUGAUCCCUGCUUUCGAAUUAUGCAUAGCUGCUUAGAUAUCCCGUGGUGAAAAGAAUGUAGUUGUUAUAAAUAGUAAAUAUUUUUUUAAUCUACCACUUAAAUCUCAGAAAAAAAACCCACAAAAAUUACUCCCAAUAUUUCUGUUGUACUAAACGUGCACUGUUAGUGGUCGUUGCCCAGAAAACACCACACACGAUUUGGGGGUGUUCCAGCUGCCAUCCUCACGCCUGUAUGUGCAGAGACCCAAACCAGCAAACCCAAGUUGGCGUCUGCUGUUGCAAUCGUGGACACUGUCUAAAAGGGAUAAUCUUGUUUUCUGGGUUGACUUGUCCAUAAGAAUAAUACUGAUUUGGACACUAACCUCUUACUGCCUGCUUCCCUCUUCUGUUAACAUGAAUUUCUGCAUUUUUUCUUUUUUUUAAUCCAGGACACACUGAUGUGGUUUCAAGCCGUGUACCUUAGGAAGUGAAGAACUGAUGGCAGGAUGUUUCCUUUCUCAGUUCCCUUAUUAGCUCAAGCCUUUGUCUACAUAGAAAAGAAGAGUUACAGCAUUGUAAUUCUAAUUCAGACAUACUCAUUCCUGUAUAAGGCAGUUACUCAAGUAUAACCUAUUUUAAAGAUUGUUCCUCAUUACAAACUAAACCGAAAAAGUCACAUCAAAUAAGAGCAAAGAGAUUUUACUGGCAUAAUUAGACCAAAUCUGUUCACACCUUGACUUUUAUCCAUGUAAUUUUUCUAUGCUGACAAGGCUGCGUAAGAAAAGGAAAGAGAAGAUAAUGAAGGAGCAGCGCACUGUGAUCUGUAGGCUUGCUCUUAGUUUUGAUGAGCUUUUAAAUUUGUUGUCAAAUUUAAAUUUAUAAAUUAAAAAAAUGUAAAUUUGUUUAAAUUUGCUGUCACUUUAAAAGACUGUUUCAUUACUCUUCUCAGCCUUUUUAAAAUAGUCAAAGUAGAGAGCCUGGCUAUGAUUCCUACUCGUUAUUUCCUUUAAAUUUUACACGUGUCCCCUGAAGCAUAUGGUUAGUUUUCUAUGCCACAUAUCCUCUCUGUGAGUCUACUUGGAAAUUCAGGAAGCUGCUGCUUCAUUAGUAGUAGUGCAGGAACUCACAUCUGCUUUGCAGUUACCACCGCAGCAAGGAUGGAACUAGAUCCGAGAUCUGCAAAGAUUGGCUAUAUAGUGACCACUAAGAUUUCAGUAGGAUCCCAGACUUUUUAUUGGGCAGUAUAGCCAUCUUACAUGAUGACUUGGAAGUUUACAACUCUGUUCAGUGCCUUAGUUAUAUUUUAAUGGAUCAGCACUUUUAUUGGGCUACUUUUAUUCUAUUCCUUUUUAAGACAAAAAAUUCUUUUAACUGCAUGUCUUUGAUUUUACCAUAUGCAAUGAGCUCCUAGGUGGAACUUGAUGGAACAAUAUCUAUAGGUCUGCAAGAGGGCAUUAAGUAGUUAGGAAACCAUAAGAGAUAACAGGUAUCUGUGUAAUAAUCGUAAUAUAAGUACAAGUCUACAUAGAACAUUGAUACUUUUGCAUGUUUUAUAGUGGUGGUGAUUGAAUAAUGUAUUUUAGAAGGGGAAAAUGCUGCUGCCUGUGUAGGAGUAUUCCCUAAGUUGUAUUAGCCUGCUGCCUUACUGUCGAGGCUCCUCUCUUCAGUCUCCACUCCUCCCAUCAUCUGACCUUCCUACUGUUCCUUCCAGCAAGGUAAUAAACCUGCUUUCACACUGGAUUUAUAAUUAAAAGGGUUGUUGUGACAUAGUUUAAAACAUUAGACUUUGAUGCCCCAGGUAUAAAAUUAAUAGCACUUUAUAGUAAAUGCUCUCAUAACAAAUAAGAUAAAACAUUUUACAAAGCCUAAUGUCAAACCAUGUUUGUGGCAGUGACAGCCACCUGAGUAAGAAAAGAUAUUCAGAUUUAAAUAUUCCCUUUUGGAUCACAGUCCAAACCCUGCAGCAUGAGAACUAGAAACAUAAACUGAUUGUGCAAAAAAAAAAGGAAAAAAAUCACAUGCAAGUUGCUGCAGUGGAGGAAUGAAUGCAGUUCUAGAAAGGAGUUUAAGGUUUUGAGAUACAGAUUAGUAACACAGGGAAGGAAAUUUGCUUGAAACUUUUAAUGUCCCUUCUUCAAUCAAAAGGAACGGCCAGUACUCUUUGCAGUUACCCCCAUCAAGAGUUUUGUCGUUUCUAUGGCAGUAAGCAAUAGCUGGUGGGGAAGCAAGUUCCUGGUCAGAUCAGCGGUUGCCAGGAGGUGUGCUCACAGGUCUUUACUUCUUACAGGUGUCACUUACACUGCCACCGAGGCAGUAAAUACCAUGGGGCCAGUUGGACUGGGACACUGGCUUCAUUCCUCCAGGGAGGCUGCAGUCUAAGUGACUUAAACCAGCUGAAUGGGGCUGCUGGCAAAAUGAUUAGUGCCAGCCCUGGCCAUGCUGCCUCCCACCUGCUCUAUUUUUUCGGUAAGCUUUCGGUGCUGUGCAGCAAAGUGGCAGGGCAGCCAGGGAAGCACGUGGCCAGCAGCAGGGCUGGAAGCAAAGCCACCGCCUUGCUGGUGGUGGGCUGCACUUGUGGCAUCUCAAAGCAAUGCAGCUUGGACAUGGGAAAUGUGGAUUUGUUUCAGGGAAGUGGCUGAAAGGCCUGCAGUAUGUCUUCAUUAGAACUGUCUCCCCAGGAAUGCUUAAUGUCCUGGGGGAUUUUUUUUGAGUUUUGGGAUUUUUUUGCUUAGGCUCAGUUCUUUAAAAGCCACCACUGGCCUUGAGAACCUGGCUUUGCUCAGUGACUAUAUUUGUUAUGGGGGUUAAUAGAGGAUUGUGCUCAGUUGUCCCACCAGUCACGGGCUAAGUGGACUGGCACCAGUUUGAACUUCCAAAAUUGAAGCCCACUUCUGAAAAUGCAGUGGUUACAGUGGAGGUAGAAGGCAUGUUCACACCGUGAAUUACCCCUGCUGUGAUUAGUAUGGCUCUUAAUUGCUACAGGAGGGAAGACAACCAUUCCUGGGCUAUUAGUGCUGCUGGCACCGUGCAGCUUUGAAAAGCAUCCUCAGCUAAUCCGAUAUAUGCAGAAUUAACGUGGUGGGAGAGGUGUCUCACGGACUUUGAGUCUGUUUGCCACUGGUGUCUUACAGGGAGAACAGCUCAAGCAUUUGCUACAAUAAUGAUAUCCAGAAUUUUCUUUGUUACCUAUUUUUUUUAAUGCUAUACAUUUGAUAGAACUGAAGAUCAAUUUUAAGAGCUUACAGUAAUAUAUUUUAAGUAAUAUAUAUUUUUAGUAUCUAUAAAAAAAUUGAUAAAGGAUGAUUUAUGAACUAGAUAAACAGGGUAUUGGGAGUAUGCAGUUUCUCAGCAAGGCCAAGAAGAGUUUUACUGGCAGGAGAACUGAAAAGAUUCCAUUUUUUCCAUUAAUGCAAUAAAAAUGGGAAUUCUUUAACAAAAAAAAGAAAUCCAAUAUUGUUUACUAAAUGCUUUUCUUGUUUUGACAACAGGCCUGUAACACAAUUUAGAAGAUACUAAAACUUUGUCUGUCUGUUGCCUUUUUAAAAGGGACUUAAAUUGGAAUAGAGGGUAUGUACAGAAAAAUCAAGUUGACACCAUUUUAAAAGUUGUAUUUUUACACAAAUAAUAUAGAAAAUCAUAUUUUACAUAAGAAUUUUAAGUAUUUGAAAUAUGUAUAUAUAUACUGUAUGUAUGUCAUAUAUUCUUUAUUUUACAUUUUCAGUGUAUUAAAAAGUAUUUGAGCUGGUUGGAUUUGAGUAUGUAAUAAUGUUAAAAGAAAAAAAAGGAAGAGGAAUAAAAGAGAGGGAGAGGGGAUAUGAGUACUGCACCACUGCAGCAGCUGCUGUUCAGCAGACUACAGAGUAGUAGAGAAACCAGAAGUUCAGCCGUGAAUGAAUUUUGGAAUUAGCUUAGCAGUUUUAGGUAGAGCAUACAGAACAUUUUUCAGUCCUGUGUCCUGUUUGUGUUUCCUUCCAUUAACACUCUUAUUUUGCCUCAUAACCACCCAGAAUAAUUAAUCUAUGGUGAGAAGGCAAGAAGUUGAGGUGGAUCUUUUAUACAAGCAAUGCUACCUUUAUAGCCAAAGAGACCUACUGUUACUGAAGCUACUCAACCAAAACAAAAUCAGAAGCUACUCAGUCUUUUUGUGCUACUGGAAUUUUAAUACAUAUUGCUGAUAGCUUGAUUUCUUGCGUGAGCAUCCUAUGGUGCUUAUGAGGAAUGCAAACAGUAUACCAAAAGUCCAGUGAUUUCAAGGAAACACUGUCAAAGCAGAUUUUUUACUUUGUAGGAAUUUAGGUCAAAAUCUCACAGUAGAGGAUGAUACAUCUUUGCAGCUGUUAGAAAUGGAAAGACUUCUCCUCAGCUGUACUUGAAUGGGAUCCAUAAAGAUCCUCCUAAGAGGAAGCUCCAGUCAAUCUGUUGAGGCUGCUGGUCUUAUUCCCAAGAGCAAUCCUGUUUCCAGGAUGCAGCAGCAUGAAUUUACAGAGGUAGAACAUCUUUGCCAAGCAUUGCUGCUUUAAUUCCUACCAGUUUCAAUGGAAUGUUAGUUUUGGCCAUAAUUUUAUGUAUUCAGAAAUGUCAGCUAGAUGAGAAAUGAUAAAGGCUGCAAACUUCAGGAGCAGUUAUCCAGUACACACUGCAAAAAGCAGCUGCAGAGCACAUUAGUCAACAAAAGGGUCCAAAUCAUGAGGUUGUCGUACUUUUAUCUCUGACCGAAAUUGGUGAGAGCUAAGGUCGCUAAAUACCUUUUAGGAUUAAGUUGAAGUACACAACAUGUGUUGCAAAUGACUGCAUCCAUGCCCUUGCGCCCAUGAGAAUACUUCAUGGAACUACCUGUUUAUUACAGUAUACAGCAGGUUAAUACUGCUUGUUCUAUAAAUACCUAUUUCUGAAAGACUCUAUUAGAUUUGCAGCCCCUUUAAAUUGCUGGCCCCACCUCUAUAUGUAUAGUGAGAAUACAAAUCUCUCCACUGAAAGAGGUGUGAGUAGUAGUAUAUUAGUAGUAAUAUAUAAGGCCCUUUGCCAGGUCCUCAGCUGGAGCCAUAAUUAGUGAUCAAUGAGAUAAGCCUGGAAAUAGCUCCACAAUGUAUGAGGAGGCAGAGCGUACUUGCCUCAUCCCUAUUUUUCACGAUGUCAAUUUUGGCUUGGAUGGAUCUCAGAUUACAUUUACACUAUCCCACUAUUCCUGCAAGCAGUUGCAGGAAUGCUGUAUACAAAUUGGAAGUGUUUACAGCAAUUCUCUGUUACUGGGACUUAUGGGGAAGGAAGCUGAAUGUGGGAAAAAGAAGAGGCGUUAACAAGUCAGGCUCUGAAAGUAAAAAUCUGAAAACUGAAAAAGCAGGCAACUGGUAUUUUUAUACCAUUUCAGUUAUUGUUGUAAUCUCCUGGAAAACAAAAUGAAACAAGGCACCCAAAUAUUUUGUUAAAACUUGCUAUCUGCACAUUGAGUGGGGCUUUCACUCUAAACAGUUGCACUAUAAGGAGGUCCCACUGUUUGGGUAAAAAUAUAUAUGCAUAGAGUGUAUAUGUGGGGGGGGCUGUGCAGAUGUGUGUGCAUAUAUAUGUAUGUACACUCACGGAGCUAUAUUUUAGCUAAGUGUACAUAAUAAGACCAGCUUCAUCCCAGUCUUGUGGUAACAUUACACCUUGGAAAGUUACCACAGUGCUGAGAUGGAAUUACAGCUUUUAUAUUUGUUUUCAUAUUUAACAUAUAUGGGUUAGAAAAAAUAUAUACUAGUAAUGUGUUUUGAUCUGCUGCACUUUUUAAAAAAAAACAUUCCUAAAUCCCCUGGUACUGCUGCAUCUCCCAUCCCUUCCUAUCCCAAUUUAAAACUUAAAGCUAAUCGGUCUCCUGUAUCUUUUGGUUAGGCUUCUCAAAUGCUGCAUUACAGAUUUGAUAUCGGAAAAGCUGUGCCAGCAGUUUGACGUUUGGGGGUUAGGCCUCCAAAGUCAGUCACAGCUGAUUUCCAGAGCCAACACCAGGAAUGUGAACUAACAGGGAACACAGCAAUUUGGUUCUGAGAGAAAAGGCACGUAAAUGAACGCGAUGGAGCUACUACAGCUUAAUACGUGACUGCCAACUGAGCUAUUUUUAACCGUGUGCAUGCUCUUAGCCCACCUGUAGCUGAGAGGCGAUAGGCAUCAUCUUCAACCUCAGCAACAGAAGUUUCAGUUACCGUUUUUCUUAUCUUUUACCCCGAGGUGUACCAAGGAUGUGCCCACAAACAGCUGACCUGGCUGACAGGUGGUAGCGCCUUCCGUUGCCAUUUAUCUUCUGUGCAAUCGUAAGCCCGUACCUACCGCAGCCCUUUUGCAAGUUAACAGUCAAAUAGGAAAUGUGGCAAGGUCUGUACCAGGAAAAAAAAGAUCAUAGUUCAGCAUGCUUCUUUACAAUAAAGUAACAUAAUUUCUAGGCAUUUGAAAACUGCAUGGGCCAGUUCCAGCAAAUGAGCAAUCAAAUCAGGGACAAAUGUGGUUCGUUGUGCUGCAGCUAUGCAUAUUGGCAAGGGUUGUUUUGUGAACAAGUUUUUACUUGUUUUGCUGUAUAAGAUUCCACCUUAGCUUCUCACCAGCAUUAACAGGGAUCUGAGGAGUGCUAAAAACAGCCUGUUUCUAACCUGUUACUUUGAGAUCUGCGUGCCCUUAGGAAAUAGCACUUUGAAAAGCAAAAGCUUGCCCUGUGGCUUGUCUUAUUGCAGAUUCUGUUCCUCUUCCCCUCACUUAUUUUUGUCAUGUAAAACUACCUGCUUUAUAAAUGAAUGUAAAAUACAGUAGUUCUUCAACACAUGGACAAAUGUGUAUUUUAUCUUAAUGUUUCAUUUUAUGUUAAAUAAAAAGCAUAUGAUUUUAUGGUCA